UGGCUGCCCCAUCAGCUGGCCCGUGGGCGAGGCGGUAGAUCCAACCGCAGGCCCCUUGUCUGCCCCGUAGGGCUGUCAGGCCGAUGCCAUGGCCCAGGACAGCAAGGUCCUGGACAAGUCCCUGGCAGGCGCAUACACCCCAUGUGAAGCGUACGGCUGAGCAGCCCAGUGUAGUGUGGGUGGUAAAACUAAGCUUAGGAGGAUGCAGACCUCCAGACUGCGUGUGUGGGUGCCAGCUCAGGCCUGGAAGCAGUAAAAAUACCCUACAGUGAAGCAAAUGGGCAACACCAGCAUCAGAGAGCUCACCAUGGUCAAUGAGACCCAGCAUACCUGCAGUGCCAGUUCCAGCUCCAAGUCUGAUGGCGGCAGCAGUAGUGGGAGUGAGAGCUCCAAGGACAGCUCACGCUGCUCCACCCCGGUCCUCGAUGCUGACCGUCAUGAACGACUGCGGGAGAAGAUGCGUCGACGGCAGGAGUCUGGAGACAAGUGGUUCUCCUUGGAGUUCUUCCCACCACGCACAGCCAAUGCUGCUGUCAAUCUCAUCUCCAGGUUUGACCGCAUGGGAGCAGGUGGUCCACUCUUCAUUGAUGUGACGUGGCACCCCGCAGGGGACCCAGGAUCUGACAAGGAAACUUCUUCCAUGAUUAUUGCCAACACUGCCGUCAACUACUGUGGCCUGGAGACCAUCCUGCACAUGACAUGCUGCAAUCAGACCAAGGAUGACAUCACAGGGCAUCUACAGAAGGCCAAGCGGCUCGGGUUGAAGAACAUCAUGGCAUUACGUGGAGAUCCUGUUGGUGAGGAAUGGGAGGAAGAAGUAGAUGGCUUCAACUAUGCUGUUGACCUGGUUAAGCACAUUCGCAAUGAAUUUGAUGAUUACUUUGACAUCUGUGUGGCAGGCUACCCCAAGGGUCAUCCUGAAGCAGAGAGCUAUGAGGCAGACCUGAGGUACCUGAAGGAGAAAGUCUUUGCUGGGGCAGACUUCAUCAUUACACAGCUUUUCUUCCGAUCAGAGACCUUCCUCAAGUUCAUGAAGGACUGCCAAGCCAUUGGCAUCACCUGCCCCAUUAUUCCUGGCAUCUUCCCCAUACAGGGUUACCACUCCCUGCGCCAGCUGGUGAAGCUCUCCAAGUUGGAAGUGCCUCAAGAAAUCAAAGAUGUGAUUGAACCCAUCAAGGACAAUGAUGCAGCUAUCCGGAACUUUGGGGUGGAGCAGGCAGUGUCCAUGUGCCGGGAGCUGUUGGAUAGUGGCGUGGUGCAUGGGCUCCAUUUUUACACUCUCAAUCGGGAAGUGGCUACUACUGAAGUCCUUAAGCGCCUGGGCCUAUGGACGGAGGACCCCAGGCGGCCUCUGCCCUGGGCAGUCAGUGCUCACCCCAAGAGAAGAGUUGAAGAUGUUCGGCCAAUCUUCUGGGCCUCUAGGCCAAAGAGUUACAUCUAUCGAACUCAAGAAUGGGAUGAUUUCCCCAAUGGCCGAUGGGGUAACUCCUCCUCUCCAGCCUUUGGGGAACUGAAGGACUAUUACCUCUUCUACCUGAAGAGCAAGUCUCCCCGGGAGGAGCUUCUGAAGAUGUGGGGAGAAGAGCUGACUGGUGAGGAAAGCGUCUUUGAGGUGUUCACGUGUUAUAUCACCGGAGAACCCAACAAGAAUGGGCACAAGGUUACGUGUAUGCCUUGGAAUGAUGACCCUCUUGCCACUGAAACUAACCUUCUGAAGGAGCAGCUGGAGAAGGUUAACAGACGAGGAAUCCUGACCAUCAACUCCCAGCCAAACAUCAAUGGCAAACCAUCCACAGACCCCAUUGUAGGCUGGGGGCCCAGUGGGGGUUAUGUCUUCCAAAAGGCAUACCUGGAGUUCUUCACCUCCAGUGAGAUCGUCACGGCACUGCUCAAAGUGCUGAAGAAGUAUGAAUUGCGAGUGAACUACCACAUUGUCAAUGUCAAGGGCCAGAAUAUCACCAAUGCUCCAGAUCUGCAACCCAAUGCUGUCACCUGGGGCAUCUUCCCAGGCAGAGAGAUCAUCCAGCCCACUGUAGUGGAUCCUGUAAGCUUCCUCUCCUGGAAGGAUGAGGCCUUUGCACUGUGGAUCGAGCAAUGGGCCAAGCUCUAUGAAGAAGAGUCACCAUCUCGCAUGAUAAUCCAGUACAUCCAUGACAACUACUACUUGGUCAACCUGGUGGACAAUGACUUCCCACUUGAAAACUGCCUCUGGCAGGUUGUGGAUGAUACUUUUGAGCUGUUGAACACUCAGACUCAGCAGUGAAAAUUCCUCUUCAACUCCCUUACUUCCUCCUUCCGUCCAUUGACUGCGGAGAGAGAAAAAGCAGCUCCUGUGCUGAUGGUGGAACACACUCUCUUAAAUCCAGUGACUAGGCUAGCUCUCUGAUCUGCCUCCACUACAUGCUGUUCUAUCCCCAACACAAAGGCUCCCUGAUCACUUUUUGUUGAACAAUAGCCAGAACUACCUGAAUCUGUGAGCUGAGGCUCUAGACUGAGCUUGAAGGCCAGCUCUGCAGGAUGAAGAGGUGCUAAUCAUGGCUAUGUUGAUUACAGUAACAGGAGAACUCUUGUGCAUCAAUGUGAUAAAACUCAGUGGGAUUCUGGUAACUUUCUCAUGCCAGAAAUGCUGCCUUGGGGGCAGAAACACUCCUGUCAGCAGUGCCUAUGCUAUUUCAGCAGUUACCA